UCGCAUUAUCAACCCUAUACCUUCCAUUUAAAAGGGAUCAGUGCAAGGUAAAGGACCAGGAGCAGCCUUUCCCGUCACUCCCCACCCGGAAUCCCCUCGGAAGUGCCCCGGGCCCAGGGGUGGAAGGGGCGCGGCUCUGCCCGGCCCUCCCUGCCCGGAGCGGGGCGGCGCUGCGGGCCCCGCCGCGGGCGGGCGGUCCCUCCGUCUGUCCGUCCGUCACUCUGUCUGUCCGUCACUCCGUCUGUCCGUCACUCUGUCUGUCCGGCACUCCGUCUGUCCGUAACUCUGUCCGUCGGUCGGUCCCAGCCGCCCCAGGUCCCCGGGGAGCCGCGGGCGUGAGUCCUGCUGAUGGCAGCGACGGCAGAGACCAACCAUAUCCAUGAAGUGAUGGAAGGGCCAGAAGGAGAUGAUGCCAAGUGCAGUUUCCAUCACACAAUGUUCCUGGAACCCCAAGAGAAGAAGAGGAACAUGAAGGCUCUGCUGGUUAAACGAGCAAAGGAAACUUGCAGCUGCACCCCGGCCAAAAUGAAAGAUUGUGUUUUGGGGUUCUUCCCCAUCUUACAGUGGCUUCCCAAAUACAAGCCCAGGGAGUACCUCCUGGGGGAUGUAAUGUCUGGUGUGAUCGUGGGGGUCCUGCUGGUCCCACAGUCCAUUGCCUACUCCCUCCUGGCAGGGCUGGAGCCCAUUUAUGGCCUUUACACCUCCUUUUUCUCCUGCAUCAUCUACUGCAUCUUCGGCACCUCCCGCCACAUCUCCGUCAGCAUCUUCGGCGUGGUGUGCCUGAUGCUGGGCCAGGUGGUGGACAGGGAGGUGGAGAGGGCUGGCUACCAGCUGGAGCCAGGCCUGGAGGGGCUGGGGAAUGGCACCAGGAACGGGACAGAGCUGCUCUGUGACAGGGGCUGCUACGCCAUGGCCGUGGCUGCCACCGUCACCUUCAUCUCGGGGGUGUACCAGGUGGCCAUGGGUUUCUUCCAGGUGGGCUUUGUCUCCGUGUACCUCUCGGACUCUCUGCUGAGUGGGUUUGUCACGGGGGCCUCCAUCACUGUCCUGACCUCACAAGUCAAGUACCUGCUGGGCCUGGACAUUCCUCGGAGCGGCGGCGUGGGCUCCCUCAUCACCACCUGGAUAAACAUCUUCAGGAACAUCCACACCACCAACAUCUGUGACCUCAUCACCAGCUUCUUGUGCUUCCUGGUGCUCAUCCCGGCCAAAGAGCUCAACGAGCGCUUCAAAUCCAAGCUCAAGGCUCCGGUUCCAGUGGAGCUCUUCGUGGUUGUGGCAGCCACUCUGGCGUCUCACUUUGGGAAGCUGAGAGAGACUUAUGGCUCCAGCAUUUCUGGCCACAUCCCCACUGGGUUUCUGCCCCCGCGCCCUCCAGUCUGGAGCCUGAUCCCCAGCGUGGCGUUGGAUGCCAUCCCCAUUGCCAUCAUUGGCUUUGCCAUCACCGUGUCCCUGUCGGAGAUGUUUGCCAAGAAGCACGGCUACUCCGUGAGGGCCAACCAGGAGAUGUACGCCAUUGGCUUCUGCAACAUCAUUCCCUCCUUCUUCCACUGCUUCACCACCAGCGCAGCCCUCGCCAAGACCCUGGUCAAGGAGUCCACGGGCUGCAGGACCCAGAUGUCCGGCAUGGUGACCAGUCUGGUGAUCCUCUUGGUCCUCCUGGUGAUCGCCCCUCUGUUCUACUCCCUGCAGAAGUGCGUCCUCGCCGUCAUAACCAUCGUCAACCUCCGCGGGGCCCUGCGCAAGUUCAGGGACCUGCCCAAAAUGUGGCACCUGAGCAGGGUGGACACGGUCAUCUGGGGGGUCACCAUGGCGGCCACGGCGCUCGUCAGCACCGAGAUCGGGCUCCUGGUGGGGGUCUGCUUCUCCAUGCUCUGCGUCAUCUUCCGCACGCAGCGCCCCGAGGCGCCGCUGCUGGGCUGGGUGGCCGAGUCGGAGACCUACGAGUCCCUGUCUGCCUACAAGAACCUGCAAACCAAGCCCGGGGUUGUGGUGUUCCGCUUCGAGGCCCCCAUCUACUACAUCAACAAGGAGUGCUUCAAGUCCACCCUCUACAAGCAAACCGGGGUCAACCCCGUGUGGGUGAAGGCGGCCAAGAAGAAAGCAGAGAAGAGGAAGCUGAAGGAGAAGGAGGCGGGGUGUGGGGACAAGCAGGGCAGCGUCCCCGUGGAUUUGGGGUCGGAACCUGUGGGGUUUCACAGCAUCGUGAUCGACUGCUGCGCCGUGCAGUUCCUGGACACGGCCGGCAUCCGCACGCUCAAGGAGGUCUGCAAGGACUACGGGGACAUCGACGUCCACGUGCUGCUGGCCCAGUGCAACCCUUCUGUCAGGAGCUCCCUGCUCCGAGGGGAGUUCUUCAAGGAGGGGGAGGACCACCUGCUCUUCCACAGCGUGCACCAGGCCGUGGACUUUGCCCUGGGCACGCAGCGGCACGGUGCUCUGAAGAACUAGCUUGGAAAGAGGGAGAAGGGAACAAGGCUGGGCCAACAAGUCUGUGUGUCUGUGAAAUCAGUGUGUGUGUGCUCUGGUAGCAGGGCAGGGUGGUGCCAACCCUGCAGGCUCCGGAUUUACCUGCCUGGGGUGGUGAUUCCAUGGGAGGUGCCAAAUGAAGGCGGUUCUUAACUUGAUUGUGGCCAGUCUGCAGAUCUUAAAUUUCCGUGGCGUUGUUCAUCUCAUGUCUCCUCUCUGGAGCUUUCUGUGUCUCAGUUCCACUCUGAAGUUGUGAUCAAGCCUUUUUUGCCACCCUGUCCUUGUGGAUGGGGUGGGAUUUUGGAGUAGUCUGGACAUCCUGUGCAGCUGAAGAAUGAGGCAACUUGUUUCUCAUCCCUCAUUCUGGCAUUGCCUUCCAUCACCACACCCUGGUGUUUGCCCAGGAAAGGCUGCCAGGGACUGUUUGCUCUGCUCUUUACUGGCCACUGCUUGAAUUUACAACCUCCCCGAAUUCCAGAUAGAGAAAUCAAAUCUAAACAUGCAGGAAGAUAUCUUAAUGAAUAUCUUCUAAGCAGGCACCUCUGACCUGCAGAGGUUUUGGCACUGCCUCCUGGCUCAGCCAGGCCACAAGGACAAGGUUAUCUCAUUUCUCCACAGGCCUUCACCUGCCUGUGCCCAUGGAAAUGCUGCCUCUCCACCUUGAUUUUAAUGAUUUUUUUUUUUUUUCACAGAUGACUCUUUAGAAGUCUGAUUCAUUCCUAUGGUCAGUCAAUUGUUUUCCUAAUAUUUAGGAGCUCUUUAGAACUGUGAGCAUUAGAUAUGGAAAAUAUCUAGCUCUUUAAUUUUAGCCAAAAAAGUCCCUUCUAGGCAGUUUUUUAUGCCAGGUAGAGAGAAUCACAGGCACCAAAGUGAAAAGGGACAAAGAGAUGAUCCAACAUCUGCCCAAAUGUGUCCAUGUCACACAGACUUUGUGCAUGAAUGCAGGAUUUAUUGGCCAUAAACCCUUUGCUCUGUCCUGGACUUUAUGCAAUGGGAGUGCACAGACCAUUGGAAAAGGAGCCAGGAAAAUUCUUUCCUGGACUUUUUUUUUUAACCAGGUCAGUAUAAAUAGAGCUUUUACUUUGAUUUGAAAUUCUGUGGAAGUGAAGAGUGCCUGUUCUUCAUGCUAAAAUACAAAGAUGGGAUUUUUUUCUGCUUUCCUCAUAGCAGUAGAAUACAAUUGUGAAGGCAGAAUUGAGAGAUUAACAGUUUUUUCCUGAAUGCCAGCUAUGCACAGCACACAUCCCUGGAAGAGGGUGCUUUCCUCCCAGAGGAGUUUACAGUCUGAAUUUCAGGUGCUUCACAGCUUUUAAAAGGGAAGGGUGCUGGGAAUAGACAAUAUUCUCAUCCUUAAUAAUUCAAAAAUAAUGAGUCAGAAGUAAAAAAAAAAAGUGUAAAAUCCAGUAUGAAUUGUGAAAUGUUUACUAAAUAGAAAGAGAUUUUGAGUUUAAACUGUUUUGUUGUUUGCUUUUUUUUUGGUUUUUUUUUUCUAAGCAAGGACCAGUAACUGUUCUCCUCUUUCUGUGAAAGCUGAAUGUCAUGGAUCACUUCACCCUGGGAGCCUCAGAGAAGGAUGAGGCAGCAGGAAGAUGAGUCCUUUCUGUGUUAACUGAAUUUACUGCCUUUUUGGGGACCCAGAGCAGCUCAGAAGUGCUGGGGGAGGUGAGGGGUGGCUGCAGCACAGCUUGGAAAGGGAGAACCUCACUCAUACCCACCCAUUGCACCUCCUAGAGCUGGCACUGGUGAGGAAAAGCCUCCCUGGGAAAAGUCUGCAGUGUUCAAACCCCGCAGAUGUUCUGCCUCAGCCCCGAGGCUUCUUUGUGCAGGAGAUGAAUCCCAAAUUCUGCUGAAUUUUUCCUUUGCUGCCUUAACCUCCUGCAGGAACAUUUUCAUUCUGGGCCGAGGAUGCUUUGUGCAGGGUGGGGAGUUGUGACCACGGAGUUGGCAUUGCCAGGAGGAUUGGGCUGAGCUGUGGAAGGGCAGUGGGCAGGGUUACAUUUUUGGGCAGUAUUUCAGUUUUUAACCAAACCUGCUUUGUGUGCAGAGCCCCUGGGAGGGCAGGUUUGCCCAACCACAGUGCCAUGGCCUGGGGGAGUCCCUUUGCAGCUCAGUUUGUUCACAUGGUCAGAAAGAAUCUCUGGAACUUUGAGCAACAGCCUCCAUGCAGCUUUUUAAUGCUGAUUUUAACUCCUCUUUUGCCAGAGGGCAGAGCAGCGCUGAAAGUGCUGACCAUAAAGGACAGCACGUGGUGGUUGCAGGUGUUUUAUUUGUUAUUUAUUUGCAAGUGUUCCUCCCUUCCUGCAGCUGCUUGUUCUCUCCCCUGAGGCGUGGGCAGGACACAGGGAGGGGAGGAAGGAGCUGCUGCCCAGGACACUUCAGGGCAGGGGGGGCACAGUGGGGCAGAAGGCAAAUACAAACUGCUCUGGCUGAUUCUUUCCCCUUCCCCUCUCUCCCAUGUUCUGUCCAUGCUGCCCAGGUGGAGAUUUUUUCACCUGUGACCAUGUUUGUGUAACCAAAUUCCAAAUGGGAGUAAAUAAAUAACCUUUCUUUAGUACAAGAUGGGUUUGCAAAUCCAUUCCUGCCUGUGCCAGGAAGGGAAGAACAGCAAUGUUCACUCCAAGAAGGACCCACUUCCUGCAGCUAGUGGGAUGUGUAUUUGUGGCUCCUGGGUAUUUAUUGACAUAAAAGCAUAAUAAAAGAGCCAUAAAAUUAUUUGUCAGAUAAUUAAAUUAGAUUAUAUCUAAAAGAUGUGCUGGACAUUACCUGGAGCAGGCUGCAUUUGUCCUCAGUGCUGUUUGUGCAGCCUCCAAAUUCCAUUUCCAGCAAAACACAAGAAACUAUUAAAAUGCAACAGCAAAAGCAGCCAGGCAACCAAACAAAAUACUUCUAAUGUUCUUAUUUAAAAUUAAUAAGUAUCUAUUAAUGCAGGCUGCCCUGGCUAAAUGGGAACUGAAAUUAAUGCCAUUUGCCAGAGUUCAGUGCAAUUGGGAGUUCUUGGGAAUUAACUAGAGAUUAAAGCUUAUUAUGGCUGGAAUUUCUUACAACAGUGGGUUUCAGCCCUGUUCCUCUUAGGCCUGGAAUUGUAUUUUAGCAGUGACAUGAAUCUGAUUUGAGCCUACUGGUGAGCAGCACGUUUUUUGUUUAUGGACCUUUAAAGUAAUCCAAUUUUAUCUUUAGGAAUUGGGGAUCACUGAUUGGAAACUUUUCCUCUGAAGCAUUUGUUUUAUAAAGGAAUCCAUAUAUUUAUGUGUUUGUGUUUUGCUGCUGUGUGAUGGAUGCAGCAGCUGGGUAUCUCCAAUAAUGCUUUUGUGAUAUUCCUGGCCUGGCCUGGAAAGGGCUCUCCUGCUUUCUGCUGCUUUAAAUGAACAGUGGUGGGCGUGUGCCAGGUUUUUAAGGGGAAAUCUGCCAUGCUCACUGCUUCCUGUGCUUCCCCCAUCCCCUGGAUUUGUGGAUUUGGGAAGAGGGUCCCUCAGAACGAUUGGGUUUGGGUUUUUCCAUGAGUCUGGAGCAGGGAUGUUCCUCCCAGGUGCAGCCCCCAGAACCCAGGCCAGACUGGAAGCUGGUACAAAUCAGUUCAGCUCUAUUCCCAAAUGUCCCAAUCAGCAAUUAUCAGUCUGAGUGAAGAAUUAAGAGAUCAUUAGCACGUUCAUUAAUGCCAACAACAGAGCAUUAUGGAUAUGAACUCUCCGUCUCAGCUGUACUGGAAAUCUCUUUAGCACUCUCCUGCUGAAUGCCAGGCUCUGUUUUUCCCUCCAAGUGUUUCAUUGUCUGAGUGUCCUGACACCAAAACCGUUCUCAGGGAAAGGGAAAACACAAUUCUUCUCACUUGCUGUGCCUGUGUUGUGCCACAGUGGAAUGCAGUAUGGAGAUUGUUUACCCAAGGUGAGGAUGUUUUGUUUCCUUGGCACUGUGUGUGUGUUGGGCUGUCACGAGAGAAUCAGAGAUGGUGCAGCUCUGUGCAGCUGAGAGCAAGAGUGAGUGCAUGGCAGAUUGAGUUUAGAUUAAAUGUCUGUAGAUAGCAUAAUAAAGUCAUUAAUUAACCUUCUGA